AAGAUGUUUCUGCAAACAGCUGAUCCCUUUAUGAAAACGCUGGUGUGGCAAAAAUCAGGAAACCAAGGGGACAAGUGGCUGCAGGUUCAGAGCCAUGUGAACCUGCAGGAAGUCCACCAGGUUAUUCUGGAGGCAACAGUGGGAGGAGAGGCUGGAGACAUAGCUAUUGAUGAUAUCUCCCUCAGUCCUGGGCCGUGUCCUGUCUCUGAUUUGUGUGACUUUGAGGAGGGGAGCUGUAACUGGCAGCAGUGGAUAACUGAUGACUUUGACUGGAUCAGACAUUCAGGCUACACUCACAACCCUAACACAGGACCUGAGAGCGACCACACCACCAACACACCUACGGGUCAUUACUACUACCUGCCUUCCUCAUCUACUGACCAAGCUGGCCAGAAAGCUGUAAUGUUUUCACCUCUGUACCCAGCAGGCAAAGGAUCUUGUGUGCAGCUGUGGUACUACAUGUAUGGCAAAGGAAUGGGGACACUAAAUGUUUACCAGCAAAGUGAAGAUGGGAAGAAAGCCCUGAUUUUCUCUCAGACAGGAGACCAGGGCCUUCUGUGGAGGUUCGCUCAGGCUUCUCUUCUGCCGUGGGUUCAUCCUUACAGCAUACUGGUGGAAGGUGUGAAGGCUGGCCCUACACAGGAGGGAGACAUGGCUAUUGAUGAUGUACAGCUGACAAGUGAUCAGUGUCCUCCUCGUGGAUUUUGUGACUUUGAGAACACAAUGUGUAGCUGGAGCAACAUGGGUGGAGGAGUCGACCAGGGAGACUGGCUCCGCGGCAGUGGGGGGUCCCCAAACCCACACACUGGACCCAAUGUUGACCACACUACUAAUUCCACACAAGGUCACUAUCUUUAUGUGGACAGCUCUGUGGGCGAGUGGGGAGUUGUGUCCUUACUGGUCAGUGAUGUUUUCCAACCCUCCACAAGAGGGCACUGUCUUACAUUCUGGUACCACAUGUAUGGAAACCAUGUUGGGACUCUCAGGGUCUCUAUAAAUGACAGGAAAAUGCAGGCUGGUGGUAAUGAAGUGGGAAUUUUGAAGUGGACUGAAACAGGAAACAAAGGAGACAAGUGGCAGAUGGCUGAUUUUUCUGUUACACAUGAUGAACCAUUCUGGUUUGUGUUUGAGUAUCAGAGAGGCAAGGCUGCAGGUGGGGACGUUGCUCUUGAUGAUAUCACCAUCGCCCCAGGGAGCUGCUACACAGAGCCUCCUACUGAUCACUCUGAUACUAAUGGUAUGAUUGCCGGCAUUGCAGUUGGGUUAACUCUUCUGGCUGGGAUCAUCAUCUUCAUCAUCCUCUUUAUGCUAAACUGGAAUCAUAACAAAAUGAAUCAGCAGAUACUUGUGAACGAUGAUGCAAUUAACCAGAACUCAGUUUUUGACCUAUAUGACUGCAGAAUAGAUGGCACACAACAUGGCACUGAAACUGGCUCCUUCUUCAACAAGGUUUAUGAUCCAUCAUUGAAUGCAGGGGAGGUCAUCAUUUCCUCAUCUGAUGCAUAGUCCAGAUGUUUUUCCUUUAAAGUAUCUAAAAUAAUAAGG